AUGGAGAAUCAGCAGCUACAUGUGGACACCAUACAUCUGAAAACCACAAAGCAGGCGUUGGAAACUUCGCAUACAGACCGACUAUCAGACACAGCAGAGGUGGUGCGUGAGGUGUCCAGAAAGAUCGGAAAGACAAAGGUCAAAUGGGAUAAUCCAAAGACUGUCAUGGUAAUCACCAAGCCGGGAGAUAUGUCAUUGAUUGGCAUGACCAGGGAAUUGGCUCUCUGGUUCAUGAAGACGUCGAAAGCGUGUCAAGGUGUUAAAGUAUUUGUGGAUCAAAAGCUGAAAGCAUCAAAGGGCUUCAAAUACCAAAAAAUACUGCAACAUUGCCCAGAAGCAGAGGAGAGAUUGGGGUUUUGGACACCUGAAAUAUGUGCAAUUCAACCAAAAAUGUUUGAUUUCAUUGUCACUCUUGGUGGUGAUGGGACAGUGUUGUUUGCCUCAUGGCUAUUUCAGACCUAUGUUCCGCCUGUCAUCCCCUUCCACCUUGGUUCACUGGGAUUUCUCACACCAUUCGAUUUUGAGAAAUUUGACAUAUACCUGACAAAAGUGAUGGACAGCGGCAUGCGAGUGAAUCUGAGGGGCAGAUUGACUUGCACAGUGUACAGAAGAGAAUAUCAAAGCGAAGGGCAGAAAAAAUCCGUCAAAUUGCGCAAUGUUUUACGUAAUCCUGUAACUGGAAAAAUCAAGAUUGGAGAUUGGUGCACAGAAAACAAACUUCAAAAGAAGCAUCGAAAAAAGUUUGGCGAAGUGGAUGGCGAAGAUUACGGAACAGAGGAGGAGGAUCUGGAUGAAACAGAAGACGAGUUUGCAGAGAAAAGACAAAUACCUUGCUUUACCACUGUGCCUGUAGAAAAAUAUCAAGUCAUCAACGAUUUAGUGAUCGAUAGGGGACCAAGCCCCUAUAUGAGUUUACUAGAGCUUUUUGGAGAUAACAAACAUUUGACUACAGUACAAGCGGAUGGCCUAGCCAUAUCAACUCCCACCGGUAGUACAGCUUAUUCCCUAUCAGCAAAUGGGUCUUUAACGCAUCCCGAAAUCCAUGCAACAUUAAUCACACCCAUCUGCCCGCAUACCCUUUCAUUUAGACCUACUUUGGUGCCUGAUUCCAUGGAACUUCGUAUCUGCGUGCCGUUCAAUUCCCGAAAUACAGCCUGGGCUAGUUUUGAUGGACGUGGAAGAAUUGAGCUAAAACAGGGAGACCAUAUCAAGGUCACUGCAUCCAAAUACUCAUUUCCCACUGUUUGCAAGCAGGAUCAAGCAACAGAUUGGUUUAAUUCUCUAUCGAAAUGUCUGCAUUGGAACAAACGAGAAAGACAAAAAUCGUUCGCCAUCGUGGAAUCCAAUAGAGGUGCGCACAAAAGCACACCAACGACUCCCAAAUACUCGAAUGGACAUCAAGGGCUCAGUAUAACUUCAUUCAGCGGUAGCUCCAACCAAAAGAGCUCUUCACGAAAGAACUAUGGCUCUUCAAAUAGCCAUAGUCGAUCAUCCUCGCCGCCGCUACAUCAACAAAAGAAGCAUUCAAGCGAAACAUCACCUUCAUCUUCGGCCGAUGGCUUGCAUGAUGAAGUGUUUGCCAUGUUUAUAGAGGAUGAAUAUCAGCAUGCAUCCGACGAUGAAUUUGAUGAUGAGAAUCACACUGAAUCAGCACAUUUUUUCGACUCUGAUGACGGAUCUGAUGAUCUCUCAUCUAUAGAAGAUGGCUUCAAUGGCUGGACAGAUGAAGAAAUCAUCAAAGCUCGAUUUGCAGGAAGACUGACCAAGGAGAUGGGCAAACUAAACAUGUCAAAAUAA